CAGGCCGUUCCUGUCAGGGCGCUGUGACGUGUCGACGCCGCGGCCCUGCCCGGGACAGGACGGGACGGGACGGGACGGGACGGGACGGGGCGGGCGCCGGCGGUACUAACCCAACCCGACCCGACCCGACCCGACCCAGCCGUUAGCCCCUUCGGCCGCGCCCCACCAUGUUCAACGUGGAGAGCCUGGAGCGGGCCGAGCUCGGCGAGAGCCUCCUCACCUGGAUCCAGACAUUUGAUGUUGAGGCACCAUGCCAAACCGUGGAAGAUUUAACAAGUGGGGUUGUCAUGGCCCAGGUUCUUCAAAAAAUAGAUCCAGCUUACUUUGAUGAAAAUUGGCUGAACAGGAUCAAAACAGAAGUUGGGGAUAAUUGGAGGCUAAAGGUAAGCAACCUGAAGAAAAUUUUAAAAGGAAUAUUGGAUUACAACCAUGAGAUUCUGGGGCAACAAAUUAAUGACUUCACCCUUCCUGAUGUUAACCUGAUUGGAGAGCAUGCUGAUGCUGCGGAGCUCGGGAGAAUGCUUCAGCUUAUUUUGGGGUGCGCUGUGAAUUGUGAACAGAAGCAAGAGUACAUCCAGACCAUAAUGAUGAUGGAAGAAUCUGUUCAACAUGUUGUCAUGACAGCCAUUCAGGAGUUGAUGAGUAAAGAGUCUCCAGUCUCUGUUGGAAAUGAUGCUUACGUUGACCUUGAUCGGCAGCUGAAGAAAACUACGGAAGAAUUAAAUGAAGCACUAGCAACAAAAGAAGAAAUUGCCCAGAGAUGUCAUGAGUUAGAUAUGCAGGUUGCAGCCCUCCAGGAGGAAAAGAGCAGCUUGCUUGCUGAGAACCAGAUUUUGAUGGAACGUUUAAAUCAGUCUGAUUCUAUCGAAGAUCCCAACAGCCCUGCAGGUCGUAGGCACUUGCAACUGCAGACACAACUAGAACAACUCCAAGAGGAAACAUUCAGAUUAGAAGCUGCCAAAGAUGACUAUCGAAUACGCUGUGAAGAACUAGAAAAGGAAAUUGCUGAAUUGAGACAACAAACUGAAGAGCUUACUACCUUGGCAGAGGAGGCUCAGUCUUUGAAGGAUGAGAUAGAUGUACUCAGGCAUUCUUCUGAUAAAGUAGCCAAGUUAGAAAGCCAGGUAGAGUCAUACAAAAAGAAAUUGGAAGACUUGGGUGAUUUGCGACGGCAAGUGAAACUCUUAGAAGAGAAGAAUACAAUGUACAUGCAGAAUACCGUGAGCCUGGAAGAAGAGCUAAGGAAGGCCAACGCAGCACGCAGUCAACUGGAAACGUACAAGAGACAGGCAGUUGAACUACAAAACAGGUUAUCUGAAGAAUCCAAGAAAGCUGAUAAAUUAGAUUAUGAAUGCAAACGACUGAAAGAAAAAGUAGACAGCCUUCAAAAAGAAAAAGAUAGAUUAAGAACAGAAAGGGAUUCUUUGAAAGAAACUAUUGAAGAGCUCAGAUGUGUACAAGCUCAGGAGGGUCAGCUCACCACAACAGGACUGAUGCCUCUGGGAAGACAAGAGCCUUCAGACAGUUUAGCAGCAGAAAUUGUUACUCCUGAAAUAAAGGAGAAACUCAUUCGCCUUCAGCAUGAGAACAAGAUGUUAAAGUUGAACCAAGAAGGUUCUGACAAUGAAAAGAUUGCCUUGUUGCAGAGCCUUCUUGAUGAUGCAAACUUGCGGAAGAAUGAAUUGGAGACAGAAAACAGAUUGGUAAAUCAGAGACUUAUAGAAGUGCAGUCCCAGGUUGAAGAACUACAAAAAUCUUUGCAGGAUCAAGGUUCAAAAGCUGAAGAUUUUCUUCUGUUGGCUGCUGUUUUGCUUUAUACUAAUGUCAUCUCUGUUUCUUGGCAUGGGCUUCUGCUCAAGGCUAUUUCAAUUCUUCUGAAAAAGAAACUUGAAGAACAUCUUGAGAAGCUCCAUGAGGCUAACAAUGAGCUACAGAAGAAACGAGCUAUUAUUGAGGAUUUGGAACCAAGAUGCAAUAACAGUUCACUCAAAAUUGAAGAAUUACAAGAAGCUUUACGGAAAAAGGAGGAGGAAAUGAAGCAAAUGGAAGAGCGAUAUAAGAAGUAUUUGGAAAAGGCUAAAAGUGUCAUCCGCACCUUAGAUCCUAAGCAGAACCAGGGUGCAGCUCCUGAGAUUCAGGCUCUGAAAAAUCAGUUGCAGGAACGGGACAGAAUGUUUCAUUCACUGGAGAAAGAAUAUGAGAAAACAAAAAGUCAAAGAGAAAUGGAGGAGAAAUUUAUUGUUAGUGCCUGGUACAAUAUGGGGAUGACUCUGCAUAAAAAAGCAGCAGAAGAUAGACUGGCUAGUACAGGCUCAGGACAGUCCUUCCUGGCUAGACAAAGGCAAGCCACCAGCACAAGGAGAUCUUACCCUGGUCAUGUCCAGCCAGCAACAGCAAGUGAUGUGGUUGCAUGACCUGCAGCAUUAUUAUAACAGGGACUGUUCAGUGCAUGACUUGCUUUUCUGUCCAGACUGCAUAACCAAAACUUAACCAGUUCUACACUUAAGACUCAUGGCCAUCUGAUUUCAAAGGGACAUCUACUUGCAGAGAAGCUUACCAUCUUGGGGAGUGGCUUUCCCAUUUCCCGCUUCCAUUUACUCUUUCUCUUCACAAAAAGUCUCCUAUGAGGCUAGAAGAGAGGAAAUCCAGUAUUCAGAACUCAACAGGAGGCGUUCUGCGAACUGACAGAGCACUGUCAGCUCUCCAUUUUACUUCUGCCUGUCCACUUUAUUUAAUUCUGUUUAACAGUAUUAACACACAGACUUCCUGCAACAUUUUCAUAUACUGAACUAUAAAAAUCUAGUCUUAAUGAGUUCCUAAAAACGCCUUUUGGUUACUGUUAAAAUUUCAAAGCACCUGUACCCUUAAAGGAUCCACUUUGAAUCUUUAAAUAAUUAACAUAAAGCGGAGGAGGUGUUUUACCGGGAGAAAUGACUAACGAAUUGCUGCUUGGCCAUCCCAUCUUCCUUAGAAAACCAGGCAAGGUUCAUCUGAUAAUCUCCAAGCCAGGAAAACUACCGGGUGGUAUUUUGUUCACAGACACUGCCUGCUUCCUUACUAUGUAUAUACACAGUAGUUUGUGGCUGUUGUAUUUUCUCUCUACAUUUUAGCUGUGUUGUUGGUUUCUUUCAGAAACUUUUUUUUUCAAUCUGUGUACAAUUGUUAAAACAAUCUGAGGAAAGAACGUGAAUGGAGAUAAGUAUGAAAGCCGUCUACACUUUCAGUAUUAUGCAGCCUGUCCUUGCCAGUUUAUAAUUUGGGUCGUUUAUCUUUCACCUGUAUUAUUUUUUUUUCUUUUUUUCUUCUUACCGCAGUCUUAGCUAUUUAAUUUCCAAUUGCACUAGCUUGGCUGCUUCUUUGUAUUAUGAAGUUUAGCUAUAAGAUUUGCCAUAUGUAGACAGUGUAACUCAAGAUGCUUUGUACUGCCUAUAUUAAUUUAAAAAGCUGCUUAUUUAAUAUUCUUAAAUAAUCUGCACAUUUGUACUACUGUAUCUUUGUUUUGUAUUGGACAUCCAGUACUGGCAAGAUUCAGAAGACGAGGGAGUGCUGUAAUGUUGUAAGUUAAGGGGUUUAUUGUAUAGGAGUUAGUGUGUAACAAACAGGGAAAGGGGCUUUUAAGCCAUAGGACUUUCCAGAAAAUCUGAAGCGAGCCUGAACAAUGACUCCCGCAAGUGGUUUGGUUUGAGUCCAGUUCUAGAGAAAUGCCGUUCUUGCUCACUAGGAUCUUAAAAAUAUAAAGUAAAUAAUAUAAAAUGCAAAAAUAUAAACACAUAUGUACUCUGCUUGCUCCGAGAAUGGUUUUGCUUGUUCGGGCACUGGCAUAGCCACUGGCCCUGUUUCCCCUGUGAGCACCCCCAUGCUGGAGAAAUGUUGUGUCUGCUCAUCUCUGCAGUCGCUUCUGGCUACCAAAGGCAGCGCGUGCCUUGUCCCUGGCCCAUCGGGGGGGCUCUGGGCAGAGCUGCCCCUCGUGCGCUGGGACACCCACCUGUGUUCGGUCCAGGGCUCUCCAUGCCCACUGUGUCAGUGGUGUUGUGCAGGAUGACUUGGAGAAAAGAAA